AUGGUUAGUCAUUGCCAGACACCAUCAAAAAGAGAAGAAUAUGUCAAUUAUUUAAAAAAAUAUAUAGACAUUGAUAUAUAUGGUGCAUGUGGUAAUAAACAAUGUAGAAAAGAAAAUAAUUGUAAUGAUGUUGAUGAUAAAUAUUAUUUUUAUCUUGCUUUUGAAAAUUCUAUAUGUAAAGAUUAUAUAACAGAGAAAUUGUGGUAUCGUGGUUACAAUCGUCCAAUAAUACCAAUAGUAUUGAAACGUUCUAUCAUUGAAAAUUAUGCACCACCUAAUUCUUUUAUAGCAAUUGAUGAUUUUAAGAAUACUCAACAAUUAGCAAAUUAUUUAAAAGAUCUUAUGAAUGAUAAAGAAAAAUAUAUUUCAUAUUUUGAUUGGAUGAAAGAGUAUAAAGUUAUAUUUUUAGAUGGACAAAAUCAUGAUAUUGCAGAAAGACCAUGGGGUUUUUGUCAAUUUUGUAGAAUACUUCAUAGUAAUAAUAAAAAUUUUACAAGAAUGCAAAAUUUUAAUGAAUGGUGGAAUGGAAGUUGUGAAGAAAAAGGUACUUUAGUAAAACAACAUAUCAAUUAA